UGUAAACACUGCUCGCUGACAGAACCGCAUCCCUUCCUCCCUGCAGGGUGGAUCCUGCAACUCCUAGAGGGAAUGGCACUUCUUGUUUUUAAUUAGCAAGGUGAAAGGUGAAUUAAAAGUAGCUGUUUGGCAAGUCAGUGCAGGAGGCUGGCUUGGGAGGCUUCACGCAGCCAGAGGAGAAGAGCUGAGCGAUAGGAAGGCAGUGCGUGUGCUCCGGGGCUUUUUCCUGAAUGAACCGCUUGCAGAAGUGACUGAGAAAUACAGUUUCUUCUUGAGCCUACCGGCUACUUGCCGCACUGAGUGCAGGACAGGGCUCUGAAGACCCACUCCUUGGAAUGUCCUCUUGCUCCCGGCUUAUAAACAACUGUCGGGGGAAAGAAAGGUUUUGCAUAUCUAAAUACCUCCUGACAAAUGGCACUUUGGAACUGUGCUCUCUGAUGACAACGCGUUCGAUUUCUCACAAAGCCUCUCCCACGCUGCCCCUGGAGGGGAGUCCUAAGUAAAACUCAAACCCGCCUGAAAUUCAGGAUCGGAGGGCUCGCGCCGUGAGCGGCAGUAUGGCAUCCGCGGGAUACGUUCUCACCUGGCUCCUGUGGGGUUACUUACUGGAGCUCUGGACCGGAGGCCACGCAGCUGAUACCACUCACCCCCGGUUACGCCUGACACAUAAAGAGCUCUUGGAAUUAAACAGAACAUCCAUCUUCCAUAGCCCUUUUGGAUUUCUCGAUCUCCAUACAAUGCUGCUGGAUGAAUAUCAAGAGAGACUCUUCGUGGGAGGCAAGGACCUUGUGUAUUCCCUCAGCUUGGAACAGAUCAACGAUGGCUACAGAGAGAUAUACUGGCCCAGUACAUCACUAAAAAUAGAAGAAUGCAUAAUGAAAGGAAAAGACGCAAGUGAAUGUGCCAAUUUUGUCCGGGUUUUGCAUCACUAUAAUAGGACACACCUUCUCGCCUGUGGCACUGGAGCUUUUGACCCACUUUGUGCCUUCAUCAGAGUCGGGUACCACUUGGAGGAUCCCCUGUUUCAACUGGAAUCACACAGGACUGAGAGAGGAAGGGGCAGGUGUCCUUUUGAUCCCAACUCCUCCUUCAUCUCAACGUUGAUUGGCACCGAGCUGUUUGCUGGCCUCUACAGUGACUACUGGGGCAGGGACGCGGCGGUGUUCCGGAGCAUGGGGCGGCUGGCCCACAUCCGCACCGAGCAUGAUGACGAGCGCCUGUUGAAAGAACCAAAAUUUGUAGGUUCAUAUAUGAUCGCUGACAACGAAGACCGAGAUGACAACAAAGUGUAUUUCUUUUUUACCGAGAAGGCCCUGGAGGCAGAAAACAAUGCCCACGCCAUUUACAGCAGAGUGGGGCGACUUUGCUUGAACGACGCAGGGGGGCAGAGAAUACUGGUGAAUAAGUGGAGCACUUUCCUGAAAGCGAGGCUGGUUUGCUCGGUACCAGGACUGAAUGGAAUUGAUACAUAUUUUGAUGAAUUAGAGGACGUUUUCUUGGUGCACACCAGAGACCACAAGAACCCAGUGAUAUUUGGACUAUUUAACACUACCAGUAAUAUAUUCAGAGGACAUGCUAUAUGUGUCUACCAUAUGUCUAGCAUCCGGGCAGCUUUCAAUGGACCCUACGCACAUAAGGAAGGACCUGAAUACCACUGGUCACUCUAUGAAGGGAAAGUGCCCUAUCCUCGGCCAGGUUCUUGUGCCAGCAAAGUGAAUGGAGGGAGGUACGCAUCCACCAAAGACUACCCUGAUGAUGCCGUCCGAUUUGCAAGAAGCCAUCCACUUAUGUACCAGCCCAUAAAGCCUGUCCAUAAGAAACCAAUACUGGUAAAGACAGAUGGGAGAUACAACCUGAAGCAAAUAGCGGUGGACCAAGUAGAAGCAGAGGAUGGCCAAUAUGAUGUCUUGUUUAUUGGGACAGAUAAUGGAAUUGUGUUGAAAAUAAUCACCAUUUACAACCAAGAAACCGAAUCAAUGGAGGAAGUAAUUCUAGAAGAACUUCAGAUAUUCAAGGAUCCAGUUCCUAUUAUUUCUAUGGAGAUUUCUUCAAAGAGACAACAGCUGUACAUUGGAUCUGCUUCUGCUGUGGCCCAAGUCAGAUUUCAUCAGUGUGACAUGUAUGGAAGUGCCUGUGCAGACUGCUGCCUGGCUCGGGACCCUUACUGUGCCUGGGAUGGCAUAUCCUGCUCCCGGUAUUACCCAACAGGCACACAUGCAAAAAGGCGGUUCCGCAGACAAGACGUUCGGCAUGGAAAUGCAGCACAGCAGUGCUUUGGGCAGCAAUUUGCCGGGGAUGUCUUGGACAUGACUGAAGAGCAGCUGGUAUAUGGCGUAGAGAACAACAGCACGCUGCUGGAAUGCACACCGCGCUCCUUGCAAGCAAAAGUCAUCUGGUUCGUACAGAGAGGACGUGACACGAGAAAAGAGGAGGUGAAGACAGAUGACAGAGUGAUUAAGAUGGACCUCGGUUUACUCUUCCUAAGGGUGCGCAAAGUGGAUUCUGGUACCUACGUUUGCCAGACAGUGGAGCACAGUUUUGUCCACACUGUCCGUAAAAUCACCCUGGAGGUCGUGGAAGAGGAGAGGGUGGAGGAAAUGUUUAACAAAGACUAUGAAGAGGGCAGGCCACACAAGAUGCCUUGUCCUGCUCAGAGCAGUAUCCCGCAGGGGACAAAGCCGUGGUACAAGGAAUUCUUGCAGCUGAUUGGUUAUAACAACUUCCAGAGAGUGGAAGAAUACUGUGAAAAAGUAUGGUGCACGGAUAAGAAGAGGAAAAAGCACAAAAUGUCACCUUCCAAGUGGAAGUACGCCAACCCACAGGAGAAGAAGCUCCGCCCCAGAGCAGAGCACUACCGCCUGCCUAGGCACGUGCUGGACUCCUGAUGGGGUGCAACCCUCGAUGGGCUUCUGGAGAGUUUAUAUUUGGGACCUAAAAAUGGAAGAAAGAAGAGUAAGAAACCAUCCAGCUUCUUUGCAUUAAAGAGAUUUCUGUAAUACAGAAAUGACUGUAAAGGUUAUGAUAAAUUAUUCUAUGUGCUCAUUCGGUUAAACGUCACAUAAAAUUGACUAAUAUUUUUUAGGUACUUGGUUCAAUAGUUUCACGUUAUAUUUAUCAAAAAGUAACUAUAGCUGCAGUUUUGAGCACGUGACUGCUUUUUCAUGGCAGUUAUUACUUUACCCUUGCAAGGCUUAAGAUAAUGAGAAUAUUGGCAGAAAACUAGAGAUUUUAAUAAUGAUGGAAAAAAUAAAAAUAAUAGUUUUAGUCUUUUUAAAUUUUGCCUUUGCACCACCAUGUAGAACAUACAUAACAUCACGUACUUCAACAUUCUCGUGCGAACUGUCUGUACUUUGUAAGGAUUAUUGUAUUAGUGUUGGCGGAGCCAUGAGUUUGAUGGAGCGGGGGUACUGUAAUUAUUGUAAACCAUGAAAGAAAAACUAUGGUCAUCUUGAAAUUUGUGCCCUUUGCAAAACAUUCAUUAAACCACAUUUCCAGUAGUUCUGUUUCAUGAUGAAAACACAUCCUUUCAAUUUUACUCCAGAAUGAAGUGAAGUAGAAGAAUGAACUGAAGGUAACUUCUCAGAAAGAUCGGAAAGGAUGUCAACAGAUGGAGUUAGUCAGAAUUCUCAUUGAAAACAACCUGCUGCCCUCUUGUGGUAGAAAAGUAUAGUCUCUCUCUCUCUCUUUUUUUACAGUUUGUCUAGUAAAGAAUUGAAAGCAGUGUCUCAGUAAGUACAUCUAAUCCGUUUUCAGGAAAAUCUAGCUAAAAUCAAACUGUAUGAAUGCUUAUCUCAUGCUUUAAGAUAUUUAUGAAUAACUUAUUACCUCAUUAGUCCAAAAUGAUAUUACAGCACUGAAGCUCUAUAAAAACUUAAAUUUUAUGCCUUCUAAACAAUCUUCCCUGAAAUAUAAAAUAGAUUCCAAAAAAUGCUAUUUUAUUUCUGAAAAUAUAUUAAAUCAUUUUGCCCUCAGAUAUUAAAUUUUCCUCUAUUUUAUAUUAAAAAGUGGGUAAUUAUUUCCUGAGUUCACUUAACUACCAAAUUGUUCAGAGUACUUUUC